AUGGAAGUACUCAAGUUUGUAGUAGUUUUCGUUAUCUUGGCUUUGGCUUCUUCCCUUGCGUCUGCCUCUGACCCUUUUCCUCUCCAGGAUUUCUGCGUAGCCAUCAAUGAAACAAAUGGUGGGCUCAAUACUCUUGGCUUAGCAUUAGGUCGUGCUGAUUAUGCGCCAAAUGGAGGACUAUUCCCACUCCACACGCACUCCCGUGGCACCGAAACGCUAUUAGUUUUGGAGGGCACCCUCUAUGUUGGCUUUGUUAUAUCGAACCCUGAUAAUCGACUAAUCAGCAAAGUGCUGAACCCAGGAGACGUUUUUGUGUUCCCCAUUGGACUCGUUCACUUCCAAAUAAAUGUUGGAAAAACAAACGCAGUUGCUUAUGGGUUUUUCAGUAGCCAAAACCCUGGUCUAAUUAUAGUUGCAAAUUCUGUCUUUGGAUCCAAACCACUCAUUAAUACUGAUGUUCUCACCAAGGGCUUCCAACUGGACAAGAAGGUAGUGGAUUAUCUUCAGAAGCAAUUCGGGUUACCCAGACAUGAAGCAGUAUAG